GAGAUUAAAAAAGAAUCUACUCAGUCCUGCUUUCACUCAUUGAUUGUCUGAACCGCCUUCAUUUUUCUCUCUUUCUCAAAGAAUCCUCAUCUCUCUUCCCCGCACGCCAUCCACCACCCAAAACACUCAAAACACAUCCUCAAUCUGCAAAUUACUUUCAUCAAAAUCACUAACAAACCAAUAAAUCAUAUCUUAUAUUCCUAUUAACUAAAAAAAUGUCUUCACCGAGCAAGCGACGGGAGAUGGAUUUGAUGAAGCUGAUGAUGGGUGAUUAUAAAGUAGAUAUGAUCAAUGAUGGUAUGCAAGAGUUUUAUGUGCAGUUUCAUGGACCAAAAGACAGUCCUUAUGAUGGAGGUGUUUGGAGAAUAAGGGUGGAGCUUCCGGAUGCAUAUCCAUACAAAUCUCCUUCAAUUGGUUUCAUCAACAAAAUCUACCAUCCAAAUGUGGAUGAAAUGUCGGGAUCGGUUUGUUUAGAUGUUAUUAAUCAGACAUGGAGCCCGAUGUUUGAUCUUGUGAACGUGUUUGAAGUUUUUCUUCCUCAGCUUCUUUUGUACCCGAAUCCAUCUGAUCCCUUAAAUGGAGAUGCUGCAGCACUAAUGAUGCGAGACAGAACUGCAUAUGAACAAAAAGUUAAAGAGUACUGUGAGAGAUAUGCAAAGCCAGAGGAUGCUGGAGCUGUGCCUGAAGAGCAAUCGAGUGAUGAGGAACUGAGUGAAGCUGAAUACGCGUCUAGUGAUGAAGAAGUAGCUGGAAAAGCCGACCCUUGAAUGCAUUUGUAUCAUGUUCAUGUUCCUAUGUACAUCGUAACUAGUCUUUUUAAGUUUUAAAAAAAAAAAAAACAUUUAGCCCUCUAAAGGGCAAUUUGCUGGAAUAAUUCUUGUAAAAACUUGUGUCUUUUGUAACAUUUGUUGUUUAUAUUUGAUUAAUUCUAAAGUUUCUGUGUCAGAUGCUA